UCCGAUCGUGAACAAAUUCGCGACGAUGACGUCACGACGGGGCGUCAGCGAUCGACAUGAAUGUAUCAACAACUUUAUAUUACAAUGAUUACUACUGUUGAAGUUAGUUAUUGACUGUGUUGGGAAUCCCUCCCUGUCCAGCGGAGAGCGAGUUGGCCGUUUUGUAGUGCUAUUGGGAAUUUGGAAGGUGUCGUGAACAGACGUUCGCCCCUGAACGUCCACGUUGGGAGACUAAUAAAGGUUAUCGUAUCGUCGCCUUCGAUGUGGCCCACAAUGAACCACGACGCUCACAGACGUGUAGCUAGGACUCGCCCAUUUUGAGCUCCGUGGCGACUGCGUGUGUACGGCAAGAAAAGCAAAAGAGCAACGAUGCUGCGACAUUGUGCCGCCUACGGUUGCGUAGCACAAUUACCACAAGGCCACCGGGAGCCCUUUCACACCAAACGCUAUGCAUGCAUGCCUCCACGUUCCGUACUGCUUUAGCCUCCUCACUCGGGUCGCAGGCGAGAGGAGGGCGACACCCAGAACGAUGGCAGGCGUAUGCUCGGUUUUCCGGCGCUCCGCUCAAAGUUCGCAAGGUGUGCAACCCGUGGAGGAGUCCCGGAGGGUCCAUUCCCGCGCUGAAGACCGCCCACAAGGAGGCGCUGUGGCGGCCCUCUGACAUCAUCAUCCACCUCAGAAAACAGAAGUACAACGCAGACUUCGACCUGUCGGCCAAGGAGGCCGCAGACAGUCUGGCUUUCGUUGCGCUCGUCCAACAGAAACUCACACCGGCCGUGAUUUACGCCCUGUGGGUAGAUCCCAAGAACUUCGUAGAGGUGACUCGGCGCUGGCACGCCGAGCACACGGGCUUCCCGCUCAGCCUGUUCCUGCCGGGCCGCUUGCAGCGCCACCAGCUGGACAAACUUCGCCUGCUGCGAGGCGACGCCAACCUGGAGGCCGACGACGAGCUGGAGAAGGAGUUGUACCGCGACGCCACAGACUGCAUGGACCUGCUGACACAAAGACUCGGGACACAAAAGUUCUUCUUCGGAGACUCGCCUUCGUCUCUGGACGCCUUCGUGUUCGGCUGGCUGGCUCCAAUCCUCAAGUGCGAGCUUCCCAGCGGGAAGCUGCAGCAGCAUCUCAAGUCUUUGGACAACCUACAAGCGUUCUGCGCCAACAUCCUACUCGUCUACUUCCCCUGUAAAGGAAGCCCUCGGUCCGGCCCGCCGACCGAGAGCCGAGACGCCGAGCACGUCCCCGACCGGCGCCGGAAGCAACUGCUGUCCGCGUUGGCGGCGCUGGGCGCCAUGUUGUCCUACGCCGCGCUCACCGGGAUGGUGUCCGUCCGACACGGCCGCCGGGGGGCGCUGGAGCAGCACCCCCGUUCGCACCGGGACGACGGCCGAGAUCAGGACGAAGACUGAAGUUGUCGGACCGCUUCGGGAGUUCCUCCGCGUGUUCCUCAUGUUUUUUCAGCCGUGUUCCAUCCACAUUUCAUCCAUUUCCGCCUCACAUUCCCUCCACGUUUCACGUUUUUUCCGCAUUUGUUUCGCAUUUCUUCAGUGUGUCAUCCACCUUUCCUCAGUUUCAUCGCUUUCAUCCAUUUUGACUUUGUUUCCUCCGUGUUCACGUGUGGGUGUCUCUGAAUCGAAGGUUGCUUGUUGUAUGUGAAUUUUCUUUUUUGAACUAUUGACAAUAAAGCUCCUGAUAGCUCCGCCCCUCA